GGAUCACCCCGUCCCCGCUCGCACCGCGCCACCUCAGGCGCCCCGGGGCUCCUUCCCUCACUGCAGAUGGCGCCCGGCCGCUCUCCGCUCUGCCCUCAGCCAGCAUGGCCGCUGCCCGCGCAGCCCGGCCCGCUGCCCUCAUCAAACAUGGCGGCUCCCGUUCAGUUCCCAUUGUGCCCGCCCUCAGCGCGCCCCGCGGCGGCUUCGGCGGCUUCAGCGCGCUCGACGCAAAGAUGGCGGAAGCGACUGCGGGCGUUUGAAUUCCAGGGAAGCCGCCAAAUCCGCGCACAAAGGCGGCGGGAGCCGCGGCAGCCGCGCGGCCGAUCCAUGGAUUCGCUGCCGGGGGAGGACCCGACGCUGCCGCUGGCGUUCGAGGGCAGCGUCCUCCAGCUGCCGGACAUCUCCCGCGGGGACCGCCAGCCCGGCCCGCCCGGCGGACAAGUGGUACCAGAUGUGGCAGAAGACACAGUCUCACCAGCUCGAGCUCGGACUAUGAAGGACUAUGAAAAUCAAAUCACAGAUCUGAAAAAAGAAAACUUCAACCUGAAACUUCGUAUUUAUUUUCUGGAGGAGCGAAUGCAGCAGAAGUUUGAUGGUCCCACUGAAGAAAUCUACAAAAUCAACAUUGAGCUGAGAGUUGAGAUAGAAAGUCUGAAGCGUGAACUGCAGGAGAGGGAGAAGCUACUCAUCAAGGCCUAUAAGGCACUUGAAAGCUUGGCCCAGGGUGGUGAUGCUGAAGUGCAGCAUGGGAAAGAGGCACAGAAGAAGAUGCAGGAGAUGGAGGAAAUGCUGACUGGCAGAAUAAACCUUCUGGAAGAGAAUCUUAAAGCUGCCCAAGAAGAGGUGGAAAAAGCCCUUGCAAUGACAGAGAAGGAGAAAGCUCUGAGAAUUGCUGCUGAGCAGAAACUUGCUUCAAUUAUCAAUGCCCCUGCCAAGGAUGUGGACAAGGUUACAGAAGCUGAGAAAGACAGACUUAUAGAGCAACUGAAUCUGUCACUGAAAAGUAAAGAAGCUAUAAUUCAACACCUUGAGAAGUCUCAGAGUGGAUCUUCUAAUGGGAACUUACCAGCAGAAAAAAUCAGAGAACUUACAAUUGCCUUGAGGCUUGAAAAGGAUAGUGAGAUAGAGUCUCUUAGAAUGGAGCUUAAAAAUGAGAGAAAUUCCUUUGAAAAAAAAAUUCAGUCACUCCAAGAAGAGCUACAAGAGAGAGAAAAUGAGCUUGCUGUUGAAAAGAAGAAUGGUUUGAAAAGGGAUAAAACUAUCCAAGGACUAACUGUUGCUAUAAAAGCAAAGGAAAAAGAGAAUGAGGAGCUGGCUUCUGAAAUUGAAGAGUUAAAUGCUUCGUUGGCUAAGGCAAGGGAGGCAACUCACAAGGCUCAUGUCCAAAAAUUCAAGGGUGCUGCAGAUUAUCAGGCUCUGCUGAUGGAGAAGGAGACCCUGCUGGCAGAGCUGCGCUCAGAGAACCUCACAAAGGACGCUGAGAAUCGCAGGCUGCAGAGGAUAAUUAAAGUCACUGGUCAAGAGCUGAGUGAUCUGAAUUUGGAAAGAGAGAAAAUGGAGAAGGAGCUGGAUGAAGCACAGCUGCAGAAGAGCAGAAGUGACAAAACCAUUAAUGACCUUAGAAAUCAACUAGAGAAAUUACAUGGUGAAAUGACUGAGAAAGAAAAAGCAGUUGAACACCAUUACAAUAUUCUUUUGAGUGAAAGCAAUCAGAAGCUGCAGAGCCAAGAACUUGUUAUAAGGCAGCUGACAGACAGUGUCAAUCACAAGGAUCUGCUGCUUGAGAGACUCGAUGCAGCAGUUAAAGAAAAGGAUGCAGAGCUGCAGGAGCUCCAGAAUAAGUGCAAGAACCUUCUAAGAGCUAAUGAAGAACUUGAACUGAAAAAUGAGGGCUUAGUAGAGGAGAAAUGUGCUGCACAGACUCAACAGUCAAUUAUCAAGAUAGUCAGAGAGCUGGAGGAAAAUAAAGAAGCUGAAUAUGAGAAGCUGAUCCUUGCUUUAAGGAAAGAACAGAAUAUUUAUUCUACUCUAGUGAAGACCUUCAAGGAGUCAGAUAGUAUAAAUAGCUUGCAAGUGGAACUGAACAACAUUUUCAUGUUGAGAAAACAACUGGAAGAAGAUGUUUUAGGUAACAGGAAUCUCCAGAAGAUCUUACAAGAUCAGAUUAAGGACAUGAAAAAUCACAAAGAUGAAACUCUAUCUUUCUGUGGAGAUCAAACAUCUUAUAUGAGUAUCUGUUUAGGAGAACAAGACCAUUUAAGCCUUCAGAUAGACCAUCUGUCUCUGGAAGAACUUAAAAAAAAGGUUACUGACCUGCUCCUGAUGGUCAAAGAGCUGCAGUCAAUUAAUCAAGAACUUAAGGCAAGACAGUCUGGGUGUUGUACAAAGGAUUCUCAAGGGAAGGAAGCACUGGAAAUGCUAAACCACAGAGAGUGUCUUGAAACAACAGAGAAACCUGUGAUGCAGCCUGAAGAUGGUGACAAUGACAGGAAGGUGCAGAACAGUCAGUUUUGUGAGAGGGUCAGUCAGGUAUGCCUUCAAGUAUCUUUGGAUUUUCCUUGUGAGGUGGAUAAACAGAUAACUCCAUCAGGCUAUUCAGAGAGUUUCUGCAAAGACAGACAUCAUAGGAGUCCAAUUAAGCCUCAAUUUGAGCAUGAUACAACUGACAAACACUUGGGCAGAACAGGAAUGAGUGAACAUGAAACAGAAGAGAACUUGCUCACAUCUCUUCUAAGAGAAAAUAGAACAUCUGUGCUGGAAUCUACCAGACAAGAACAAAUGAAAAUUGUAAAUGAACUGUUAGAUCAUCUGAACACGACAGAGGAAGAAUGUUCAAGUGAAAAUAUAGAGAAAAAGGAUGAAAAAGAUCUUAGGCAAAUGAUUAUUCAACUAAGAGCUCAACUCAAACAUUUCAAGCAGGUCACUAAAUUCUUAAAGCAGCGAGUAGAAUUGAAAUCAACUUUUGAUGGGGAGGAGAAGCUUUACCCAGAUGCAGUGCCACAGAUUAAUAAGGCGAGUCAGUCGUUGAAAGUGGAAUUGAAAGAUGCAGCUAUGCAAACAAUGACUUUAGAGAGUAAUGUCAUGAGAUUCAAACAUGAAGGCAAAAAAGGAGCCUCAGAAGAAAAGUCAAAAUAUUCAAGAUUAAAUGCAGAAGCAGAACAUCAGCAAGAAAAUGUGUAUAAGAAGGGUGAACAGCAUGAAAGACUUUCUUUUACUAGAACAAAUGAAGCUGACUCUGCUUCCUUGCCCAAGAAGUCACGUCUGCCUGUGCUUGUAAGAUCCUGCAGAGCAUUAGGAAAUGUCCCUUUGAACUCCUGGCUGCAGAAAUCAGCUUCAGAAGCACAGCAUCGUUCCAGGGCACCUCCUGAAGGUCUGAGAGCCUGUGGAGUCCAAACCAAACCAUCCCAGGCACAGCCUGAUGGAGAGUUACUGCGUGAGUCUGGAGCUGAAAACCUUCCAGAGGAGCCUGCACAGGGAAACACAUCAGGGAGAGUUGUCUCAUUGCUCAAACUGGAUAAUACUGAGACCCAGGUGGAGUUCCAAGAUGUUGAUCCAGGUACAGGGGAGAAGAAUGAAAAUAUGAAGGACAAAAAUCAGCAAAACUAUCAAGAAAUGCAAAAUCAUCAUAGCAUUAGCAAUGGGAACAUCCAGAGUUUGUUAGAAGAGGUGGAUGAAGAGUUUUAUCCCAUGGGACACGAGGACAUUGACUCAGCCCCUGCACCUCCAGACUCCGAGUGCCUGCGUGCUCAGCAGGGGAGUGGAGCAAGAACUGAUGCACUCCGUGGCUGUGGAGCCACAGAGGAUAUAGAAGAACUGAAACAAAGAGUUAAAAAUAUGCAGUCUGAGCUUGAAAAGUACAAAAUGUUCCUGCUGCAGCUGCAGGGCUCUGAGCAGCUCCUGUUCAGUGGUGUUUCCAGUGGAGUUGUGAGGGAUGCAGCCCUGCCUGUGGAAGGGUUUGUCACACAAGUGCAAGGUACAGCCAUGGAAGGAGUCCAGACAUCCUCUGCUGUCCCUCAGCUGGAUUAUGAGAUCCACACCAAAAACAGGGAUUCUGGGUCUGUGGGAGCACCUGAUACAUGGGCAGCACAAAACCUUAAGGAACUGCUGUUGGCCAGUGAGGCAGAACUUGACAAAGAGCAAGUUGUGAAUGUGCAUCUUGGUGAAAUGUAUCCUCUUCAGAACAGUCUGAGAGCAGCAUCACCAUCCAAGUAUGAUUCAUUAGUUCAUUCACAAGUGCGGGAGCUGUCCUUCCAAUGCCAGCAAAUCAAGGAGAUCCGCUGCGGCUGUGCCACCUACCACGAGCACCUCACCAGCCUGGUGAAGGCCUUUGAGGAGCUGCUCCAGGCCAGUGAUGUUGAUUAUGAUGUUGCUGAAGGCUUCCGUGAGCAGCUGAACCAAAGUGUGCUGCUGUUUGAGAAACUGGAAAUGAAAUUCCUCUACGGGGAAUCAAUAGGUACAGAAGUCACUAUACUUUAUGAGUUAGCUCAAAGGAAUAAUGAGAAGAAUGCCACCAUGUACCAGCAUCUGCAGGAUGAGUCUCCUGUGCCAUCUGCUCUUCACAGCUCGUCUGACUUUGAUUUGUCAGAGAAGUCUCCUCUUGGCUCACCUGAGCACAGGCAUGACCUGGAGGGCCAGCACAGCACACUGCCACUUCUGCCAAGCAAGUUUCCUCCAGAGUUAUUAAUGGAGCAUCUGCAAGAAAUUAGAAUCCUGAGACAGCGUUUAGAAUACUCCAUAAAAACUAAUGAGAGACUGAGGAAGCAGCUUGAGAGACAAGUAACAGACAAGGAACUAGAUCAAGGUUCUGCAAACAUUUUUAUCCAUGGCUCAGAGCAGCAUAAUUCCCUGACUUCUGAAAUACAUUUCCUGAGGAAGCAAAAUCAAGUUCUGAAUGCAAUGCUAGCAAAAGGAUCUAGAGAUAAACAAAAGGAAAAUGAAAAGUUAAGAGAAUCUCUUUCUAAGAAGAAUGCAAUCAUUGAGCAUCUUCAUGAGGACCAUGAAUGCAUGAAGAAAGAAAACGAAAAGUUGCAAAAACAAAUUUGCCAAAAGGAAGAUGAAAUCAGAUACCUGACGUGUCAAAUUUACAGCAGUCGCAAUGAACUGAACAGGUUACAAACAGAAGUUAAUGUAAAGCAGCAUCAGAUCUCUGAGAACGAGAAGUUGCUGCAGUCGCUGCGGACUGAGAUCAAGGUUUAUGAGAAGCUGGAAGAAGCAAGAAGGAAGGGGACAGAUCCCAGAUGUGAUGCCUCAGAAGAAUUCCAGAAAGAUCAGAAAAAUCCACUCGAUUUACAAGAACUGCUGGCUGAAAUCCAGAGCCUGAGAGUGCAGCUGGAGAGGAGCAUAGACACCAACAAGUCUUUGCAUGAAAAAUUAGAAGAGCAGCUUUCCAAAGGGAAGAGAGAGGAAGUGGGCCCAGUGUCAGCUGUUAAUAUCAAGUGUCUGUUGAAGCCAGGCUCUCAGCCCUGUGCAGGACUGGAUGAAAAUCUCUGCAACUGCCCUGCUGCCAGGAGAAACAUUGGUGAGCUGCAGAAGCAGCAGAACGGGCACUGCAUUUCAGCCGAGAAACCAGGUACUGAGGCAGCCCCUAAGGGUGACGUGGACAGUGCCUCCCUGUGCAGCAGCACCUCGGGCUCCAGCAGGACGUGCACCCCGCGCCUGGUGCCCGGCCAUCGGAUGUGGGCGGACAGGAACGGCCGGCACGUCCUGGGCCUCAUCGAGGACUACGAUGCCCUGAGGAAACAGAUCUCAGAGGGGCAGCAGGUGCUGGCAGACAUGGAGAUUGCUCUCAGAGAGGUCACUGGCACCAAGCUGCAGGAGCCUGGAGUAAAGGUACCAGAACAGGCAUCCCUGCAUGGCUUUUCCACAAACACUCACACAGUACAGCAGAUUUUGGAAGAGGCUGCACGUUCCCUGAAGCUUCUCUGGAGAGUUUCUCUUCCCCUGAAAGCUGCUCAUGGUACUGCUCAGGGCAUUCAGGAUGAAGGAAUGAAAGCAGAAAUAUUAAGGUUACGUAAGAAACUGUCUGAGCAAGAGAAGAAGUUGCACAGCACAGUGAAACGCCUGCACUCCACAAACCAGCUGAAGGAAAACAUGGAGAAAGUCAUCAUUGACCAGUUGGUUUUAACACAUGAUGUCUUGAAGAAGGCUAGAGGGAACCUGGAAGUUCCACCAGCUGAGAAUCAAAAAUCACCUUCCUACACUAGCAAAAAAAAGAUUCUCUGAAGGAGAAAGUUCUGCUAACAGAGACUGAUUUUGUGAGUGUUGUUUGCUUUGUGCUGCCUUAAUAUUUAUUGAUGUAAAAAAUGUUUGUUCAGCUAUUUUAAUGGAAUCAGCCUUUGACCAAAAAAAAGAAAAGGACAAAAAAUGACACCUUUUGGUAAAUAACUUAUUUAACAUUUUCUGUAAUGUAAAGAUGGUUUUUAAUAUUUAUUACAGAAAUAAGGUACUGCAGGUAUUGAGGAAAAAUCCAGAUUUUUUUAAAGUUGGCACAUUAGAAAUUUUAUAUUUGUACUUGCCAUGUUGUAAAACUAUUUGUUGUUGUAGUCAAACAGGUCCUGAAAGAAUCAAGAAUGUGAUCCACCUUCCAUUGUUUCUCUCCUGCUAAAAGAAUGUAGGUUAAAAAAAAUACUUUGCCAGUUGUCAUUGUUUUGUAGCAAUGUGAAAAAUGUUAAAUAUUUUAAAGCAUUUUAACCAUCUCUGGAAGGUUCUUCUGGAAGCUGCCUGAUGCUGGGCAUUGUGUUAGGUACUUAGACUGAUGGUGUGUCUGAAAAUGUUACUUAGAAUCAGACAAUUAAAAUGAA